CCGGCUGGUUGACGAAGCUGUGGCUGAGGAGGAAGUGAGAGGAGGAGGUGAGGUGCAGCAAGGAGCCUAUGGCAUCAGGCGUCUGCAGCACCAUGGCCCAGGCCCUGGGGGAGGACCUGGUGCAGCCUGGUGAGCUGCAGGAUGACUCCAGCUCUUUGGGGUCUGACUCAGAGCUGAGUGGGCCUGGCCCAUAUCGCCAGGCUGACCGCUAUGGCUUCAUUGGGGGCAGCUCAGCAGAGCCAGGGCCAGGUCACCCUCCUGCAGACCUUAUCCGCCAGCGGGAGAUGAAGUGGGUAGAGAUGACCUCACACUGGGAGAAAACCAUGUCUCGGCGGUACAAGAAGGUAAAGAUGCAGUGCCGGAAAGGCAUCCCCUCGGCCCUGCGGGCCCGGUGCUGGCCCCUGUUGUGCGGGGCCCAUGUGUGUCAGCAGAACAGCCGUGACACUUAUCAGGAACUGGCUGAGGCCCCUGGGGACCCACAGUGGAUGGAGACCAUCGGCAGGGACCUGCACCGCCAGUUCCCUCUGCAUGAGAUGUUUGUGUCACCCCAGGGUCACGGGCAGCAGGGGCUCCUCCAGGUACUCAAGGCCUACACCCUAUAUCGGCCGGAACAGGGCUACUGCCAGGCCCAGGGCCCUGUGGCUGCCGUGCUGCUCAUGUAUCUGCCCCCAGAGGAGGCCUUCUGGUGCCUGGUACAGAUCUGCGAGGUUUACCUCCCUGGCUACUACGGGCCCCAUAUGGAGGGUGUACGGUUGGACGCCGAGGUGUUCACGGCCCUGCUGCGGCGGCUGCUCCCGCGUGUGCACAAGCACCUGCAGCAGGUGGGCGUCGGGCCCCUGCUCUACCUGCCCGAGUGGUUCCUGUGCCUCUUCGCCCGCUCCUUGCCCUUCCCCACGGUGCUGCGUGUCUGGGACGCUUUCCUUAGUGAGGGUGUGAAGGUGCUGUUCCGCGUGGGUCUGACACUGGUACGCCUGGCACUGGGCACCACUGAACAGCGCCUGGCCUGCCCGGGGCUCCUGGAGACGCUCGGCGCCCUUCGAGCCAUCCCGCCCACCCAGCUGCAGGAGGAGGUCUUCAUGCCCCAGGUGCACAGCGUGGCCCUGUCCGAACAGGACUUGCAGCGGGAGAUCAAGGCCCAGCUGGCCCAGCUGCCCGCGUCGGCAUCUGGGCCACCCCCGAGGCCGCAGGCCCGCCUGCCUGGGGCCCAAGCCAUCUUUGAGGCCCAGCAGCUGGCAGGAACCCGGGGAGCCACCAGGCCCGAGGUGCCCCGCAUCGUGGUUCAGCCCCCGGAGGAGCCCAGGCCGCCGCGGCGCAAGCCCCAGACCCGAGGCAAGACUUUCCAUGGGCUGCUGACUCGGUCCAGGGCCCCCCGUAUCGAGAGCCCCGCCAGGUCCCAUCGAGGCUCCACCUCCUCCCUGGACACCCGAUUCUGAAGGUCCCACUUCUGAGGGUACCAGAGACUCAGGGUCCCCCAACCGCAAUUGCCUGAACGGUGGAUGCCAGCCUCCAAGUAGGCACCGCACUUUACAGCCGGGGUGGAUGCCUCAGCUUCUUUCCCGUGGACUGUGUCCGGCUCAAGGAUGAAGGAAGGUGAGAGAGUGAGGUUUUGAGGACCCAGGCCCAUCAUCCGCCCACGGAGCUGUCCUGGUGCCUGGGCCCUUGCAAGCAUCAAGCUGGCGCUGAAGGAGGGUGAGGUUAGGGGCAGAGGCUGGGCUUAGGGGACCCCAAGGCUCCUGGGGAGACCUGGAAUAAAGUCUGAGCAGAAGCCCGUAUGCAGUCAGAUGGAACGCCUUCCAGCCUCAACCCCGGACCAGCGGCUCCUUCCCCUCCGGCCCUCACUCCCCUCACAGCCCCGCCCCUCCGAGCCCAGCCCUG